ACCAUAUCCAUUUUUGUACCAAAAACCAAGCGGUCUAAAGUUUGAGUAGGAGUAUUUUAUUCCCAUCAUCAAAAAUAUGUCAAUGUAUCCAAGUAAAGUCAAGCGUCCUUGGUGUAAUACUCAAAAGUGUAUAUUUAAAAGAGUCAGUUGAACUCUGGGUAGUUAUCUCCGCUGAAAUAUACCUCUUGGUUGGUACCGAAGUUUCUACCAUUACAUUACCGCGUAGACAAGAAGAGAAUACAAAACUGUAGCUUCGGGUUAAAGCUUUAUUUAUUUGGAAGAAUUACAAGAGAUCAUGUCGUGGUAUCCUGAUGAAGACCUUUACCGUGCUUGGUGGCUGGAAAGUAUUUCUGAUGGUUUAGAUUAUAUGACAUACGAGGAAAUUCGGGAUAUGCUCAUACUGCAUGGAUACAAUGAACUAGAAGUCCUGGAUCUUCUGAACAACGGUGGCUAUGGACCUGGAUCUGAAAUAACCUUGGAUGACUUUCUAAGCAUCAUGGAGGCGUCUGAGGCGUUGGACCAUGUAGGUGCGGCGUUGAGGCAUGCCUUUAGAAACGCAGGCAUCGGUGGUGAUGAGGGAUAUGCGACACCAGAAGAAAUAGUCGAAAUUGGGGCUCAUCUAGACAUCUUUCCAUCGUUCACCUUUGAUGUUGAAGCAGCACUUAAUAUAAUGGAAGUUAUGGAGAAAGAUUAUCUUGGCAGAGUCAACAUUGAUGACUUCUGCGUACAAUAUAGCAUAUGGGCCAGAGAUCAUUAAACGUUUAGAACUCGACAGACUGCUACAAUUAGACUGAUGUAUUUUCAUAAUGAAAAAUAUUUUAACACACAUUCACAUUUAGUAUAUUUAUGUCUGCUGUGAUCAUCAAACAGACAGACUGUCAUCGCUGAAAUUUGUACUAUACAUAUUUAUAUUUAUAUACAGUGUAGUGCGUGAUCACUUUUUGUUGUGUAUCAACAUUUUUAGAUGAUCUAGAUCUUCAUCUUUGUACAAUGGUCCCUCUACUCCAAAUGAUGCAAAUACUUUUCUAAACAUGAGAUCUUUAGCAUAUUGAUAUAGCUCAAUAUCUAAACUGUUUUGUUUAAUGAUUUCGUCUUCCUGUUGAGGUAAUAAAUUCAUUUGGUAUGCAUCCAGUUGUACUAAAGAGUGUUUGAAUUUUAUUCUAAAUGUAUUUUCAAAUAAUAUUUGAGUGUAUAGUUGAUAUUCUAAAAUGCCAAAGAACGCCAUUUUGUUCAGAGUGUCUUUUGCUCUUUCCAGUAUGUACGCAUCAUCCAUUUCCUUUACAAGUGAUUGGUCAAUAUCAGCUAACAUUCUGGUUUGACGGUUUAUAGCUGAACUAUCAGGACACCUAAUAAAUUCAUCUAACGUUA